CGCAAAUAUCUUUCUCUCACCUUUCAUUUUGGUGCUCGUGUGUGUUUCUUGUUUUUUCGUUCUCUACUUCUGCAUAUCAUAUCAGAUCAAGUCUUUUAAAGAAUAAGAACCUGUAUCAUGUAAACUCACUACUAUAAAUCUAUUACUCUGCAAAUGUUUUAUGGUUGAAUGGUAAACACUCAACAAAGAGUUCUGAAAGUACAGUAGAAGGGGACUGGCUUGCAUGGGCUGCAAGAAAUUCACCUGCGUGUUCUAUAACCUUUCAAGUUCAGCCGAAGGGCUGUUGCCAGAGAUGAUGUUUCACUAAAAAUUACACAUUGUGGAAUCUGCCAUGCUGAUGUUGGCUGAAGUAGGAAUAAGCUUGGAGAUUCAAUGUAUCCUUUGGUGCCAGGCUGAAUGCAGACAUGAGAUUGUUGGAAUUGUAAAAGAGGUUGGUUCAAAUGUUAGCCGAUUUAAGGUUGGUGACCAUGUAGGAGUAGGAACUUAUGUCAACUCAUGCAAAGAAUGCGGGUAUUGUAAUGAUAGGGAAGAAGUUAACUGUGUGAAAGGAAUAGUUUUAACAUUUAAUUGGAUUGAUUUGGAUGGAACAAUCACAAAGGGUGGAUAUUCUAGCUACAUUGUUGUCCAUGAAAGGUACUGCUUUAGGAUACCUGAUGACUAUCCUUCGGCCUUAGCAGCACCUUUGCUAUGUGCUGGAAUUACUGUUUACAAUUCUAUGAUGCGGCGUGGGAUGAACCAACCUGGAAAGUCUCUAGGAGUGAUUGGUCUAGGUGGUCUUGGUCACAUGCCAGUUAAAUUUGGGAAGGCUUUUGGACUCAAAAUAACAGUCUUUAGAACAAGCAUAUCCAAGAAAGAGGAAGCUUUGAGUGUGCUUGGUGCUGACAAUUUUGUUGUCUGUUCUGAUCAAGAGCAGAUGAAGGCUGUGUCUAAGUCUCUAGACUUUAUAAUUGACACAUCAUCUGGGGAUCACCCAUUUGAUCCAUACAUGUCACUUUUGAAGACUGCUGGUGUUCUAGUCCUUGUGGCUUUCCCUAGUGAAGUCAAAUUCAGUCCUGCAAACCUUAACCUGGGUAUGAAAAGCAUAUCCGGUAGUAUAACAGGUGGUAUGAGAGUGACACAAGAGAUGUUGGACUUCUGUGCUGCUCAUAAAAUUUUCCCCAAGAUAGAGUUAAUUCCAAUUCAGCAUGUGAAUGAAGCUCUUGAAUGGCUAAUAAACAAAGAUGUGAGGCUCGGUUCUGUCUGUGGUGGAUAUGGAUCUGCCAACCUUGAUCAAAGCUAAGUUUGAGUCACCCACAUCUCUUUUUCCAUAUCUCAAAGGUAGCCUCUGCUUUCUGCACUGCCCAUCAUUGAAAAAUGCAGUGUCACAAUUACAGUCCUGCAAACAAGCUCUCUCACAUUCUUCUUUCAUAGAUAAUGAGAGAACAGAAUACGAAUCAUCUUCCCAUCCGGUAUUGGAAAGUUCUCGAAUUCUUAUGUCUCUAUUAUCAUCUUUGCAACUUCCAGCAGUGAAAUUUCUCUCACAUCCAGCAGUCCAGUUAUUCUGCAUAACAGAUACAAAUCCUGGAAGACAUAUACAAUCUGGUUCCUGAUCAUUUAAAACACAAUAGCUAUUAAGGCCGCAGAGUCCUUUGGGGUCACACCUAUUAUUUGAGGAUGACCACAAAACUGACCAGUUUCCAUUCUGUGUCAGAUUGUAAAAGUACAAUCUGAAUAUCCCAUCAAAAUCAAUUCUCAUAGCGUAAAUUGAAUCUUUUGUGGGAUACCCUCCUUUUGUGAGAUUCUUUAUGUUGACACCGGUGGAAUUAAGCAAGUAGAGAUGGCCAUCAUGACCAAGAUUUAGUGUCACAUUAUUUCCCUGUCCAUUUGUACCGGAUGCCCAAUAAGAAUGUUCAGCAGUCAAAGGAGUUCCCACCGGAUACUGAACAAGGUGUCCAUCAUCUUGCAUAGCAAGCCGAAAAAUUCCUGCUGAGUGGUCAUUUUGUGAAGCAGCGGAAACCAGCUCCGAACCAGCUUCAAGACGUUGAGAAGGCAAAAGAGUAUCAGUUGGGUGCUCAAAACUCUGCCAUAUUAUAUCACGAUCAGCUGUGUAGAGCACAAAAUUGCCUGAAUCAAACAAGGAAGCUGAAGAAGCUGACUGUGGGAUAGAAAUAACUGAAAUGGUUUGGCCUUGUUCUUGCAACACAAGCCCAGAAUCGCUGGUAAAGAGCAAGGUAGCACUGCUAUUUACUGGUGGAUCAUCCCGGUUGGCAGUCCAGACAACCGUUUUCUGAGGAAUUCCAGCAAGAAAAACACCAACACCAUAACCAUUGCCUUGUGGAUAGAAUCCAAAGGCGUAAAGACCCGACGGUGAUAACCAUGAGGAGUUAGUGGUGGGGGUGAGGGAAGAAUCUAAUCUUAUAUUGGAUUGUCUUUGUUGAGCUGAGGCUGUGAAAAAUAAGGGGAGAAGCAGAAACAAUGAGACGGAAGCCAUUGAAAGGAUUUCACAUCUGCGCAUCUUUUGGGUUUGGCGUUUAUUAGUUUUCGUUUGCCAAUUUUAAGGUAUUUAAUUUGUUUCAAGAGCCGUGAAAAUGGAAGCAUUCAAAAGUAUUCAAGUCCACAUUCAGAAUCCUCCGUGCUUUUUACUCCAAAGCAUUCAAUACAACCACAGGAAGUCAAGGCAUUGGAAUGAAAACACCUAGUGUUCCUUUGAAAGUUCAAAAAGAAAA